GACGCCAAGCCAAAAGCUGAUCCCAGCAGCUAAACUCGGCAGAGAUUCUGACAGCUUUUCAAGCAGCUGCCCGAUUCCUCUCCAAACCGGCCUCCUUGCCCAGCACUCCCUGUCACUGCCUUCACAAUGGCCAGGAAUCACCAAGUACAGAAAGCCAAGCUGGCUGAACAGGCUGAGCGUUAUGAGGAUAUGGCUGAUUUCAUGAAGGCAGUAGUAGAGGAUGGGGCCGAACUCUCGAACGAGGAACGCAAUCUGCUCUCAGUUGCCUACAAGAACGUGGUUGGCUGUCAGAGAUCUGCAUGGCGGGUCAUCUCCAGCAUUGAGCACAAGACAGAGGAAGGAGAUGACAAAGCUCAGCUGGUCAAUGAAUAUCGGGAGAAGAUUGAGAAAGAGCUGAAGAGUGUCUGCAAUGUGGUCUUGGGGCUCUUAGACAAGCAUCUCAUUCAAAAAGCUAGUGACCCAGAGAGCAAAGUCUUCUACUUAAAGAUGAAAGGUGACUACUUCCGCUACCUGGCUGAGGUGGCCACUGGGGAUGACCGUAAGCAGAUAAUUGACAAUGCCCGAAAAGCUUAUCAAGAGGCGAUGGACAUCAGCAAGAAGGAGAUGCAACCCACAAAUCCUAUCCGCCUGGGCCUUGCUCUUAACUUCUCUGUGUUCCACUAUGAAAUUGCCAAUGCCCCAGAAGAGGCCAUCAAACUGGCCAAGACCACCUUUGAUGAGGCCAUGGGUGACCUUCAUACGCUCAGUGAAGACUCCUACAAAGAUAGCACUCUCAUCAUGCAGCUUCUCAGGGACAAUCUCACAUUAUGGACAGCAGAGUGCUCAGGAGAAGAAGGUGGAGAAGCGGGUGAAGAACCAAAGAACUGAACUUUUUAGACAGUAGAAUGAUGGUAACUCCACAUCUCCCUCUUUUGUUCUUUUCCAACACAUGGUAUUUUUAUAAGAUGCAUCUCCAGCUCCUGAAAGUUUCAAUGGGAUUUUGACAGCAAAAGGGGAUGGAUUCAUACUGGACUUAAGCAUUUAUCCUCUUGUCCUCAUGUGACAGCUUUGGGAUUACCUUUGUCCCUGGGCCCCUUUCUUCCUGGUAUGUGACACCCGCUAGACUCACCGUAGCCUGGAACUCCUUGCUUGGGUUUUUUAAAAAUAAACUCUUGUGUUUGGUACAGCACCUUGUCAACACAAGUGUUCUCCUGAUUUGGGAGGGAGGACUGUUACAUCUUAUAUAUAUAUAUAUAUAUGUAUGUAUGUACGUAAUUUGUAUGUUUAACUGUGAACAAAACUGAAACCCAAAAGCUUAAACAUUAUUUUGUAUGGCAAAGAUACCAAAAUGGUAGCUGAACCAAGUUAAACAAGAGUAGUUGGUUGCCUUUGCUUUCUCGAGUGCUUUUAUUUUGCAGGGGUUUUCUCACUCAGGGCAAGAAGUUGGAAAUAGAGCCUUUGUGUGAAUGUGGGAGGGAGGAUUUCUUCUAAGGGGUUAAAGCUAGCAAUCUCAAGAGGUCCUCUUGUUACUGUGGUGUUACUGUGGUGGUUUGCUGCAAUGCUCUUCCCCAAUAAAAGUUCACUUUUAUGCCUGC